AUGCCAAUCGAAGUUUGGACAGCAGAGAGAGUAGUAGCUUUUCUCUCCAUUGCUUUUCUUCUUGUUCUAUGGCUUUGGUGGUGGAGUAGAAGAAGAAGAUAUACAGUCAUCAAUUGGCCGGGAAAUAGAGGAAGAAGCUCUAUAUUCAUCAACUGGCCUGUUUUUGGGAUGAUUCCAACGCUUAUUUGCCACUUCUCUCAUGUUCAUGAUUUAGCCACUUAUGUUCUUCAAAAAAGUAGAGGAACAUUUUUUUUCAAAGGACCUUGGUUUAGUGGUAUGGAGUUUUUGUUAGUUGGUGAUCCCAUGAAUGUCCAUUACAUUCUAACUAAGAAUUUCUCCAACUAUCACAAAGGUCCUGAGUUCAAGCAGAUUUUUGAACCUCUGGGAGAUGGAAUUUUCAAUGCUGAUUCUAAUAAUUGGAGUUUUCAGAGGAGAAUAUUUCACUCUUUAUUGCACAAGAACAAGAAGUUUGAGUUGGCUGCAGAGGUUACUUUGAAGCAAAAGAUCUUACAAGGCCUAUUUCCACUUCUGGAAAAUGUCUCACUAGUAGAUAUACAAGAUGUUUUCCAACGAUUCACGUUUGAUAAUAUCUGCCAGUUGGUUUUAGGGUUUGACCCAAAUUCUCUUUCUAUUGAAUUCCCUGAAGUUCCUUAUCAGAAAGCUUUUGAUGACGUAGAAGAGGCUGUCAUUUAUCGGCAUGCAGUGCCUGGAAGCAUAUGGAAGUUGCAAAAAUGGCUUCAAAUUGGGAAAGAGAAGAAGUUAAAGAAAGCUUGGAAGAAUUUUGAUGAUUUUUUGGAGCAACGCAUUACAAGAAAGCGAGAGCAAUUAAGCCAAAGUUGCAGAGAUCAAAUAGAAGGAGAGGGUUUCAACUUGUUAACAUACUUUCUUACUGAAUAUAAUUAUUUUGUUGAAGAUGCAGCAGGAAGUGUUAUCCAGACAAAAUCAAAUAAGUUUCUAAGAGACAUGGCAUUUAAUCUCAUGGUAGCUGGGAGAGACACCAUGGGUGCUGCUCUUGUUUGGUUCUUCUGGCUUGUUGGAACACAUCCACUUAUAGAGAAAAAGAUUUUGGAAGAGAUCAAAUCAAACUUAGGAGAAAAAAUAGAUGAAAAAUGGAGGGUUUUCAGUAUUGAAGAGGUAAGGAAACUAGUUUAUCUCCAUGCAGUUAUAUCUGAGGUGUUGAGGUUGUAUCCACCUAUACCUUUUGACCAUAAAAUGUCAAUUGAAGACGAUGUUUUUCCUAGUGGGCAUAGUGUGCCUAGAAAUAUGAAGAUUCUCCUUUCUUUCUACUCAAUGGGCAGGAUGGAAGAAAUAUGGGGCAAAGAUUGCUUAGAAUUCAAACCAGAGAGGUGGAUUUCAGGAGGAGGAAGAAUCAAACACGUGCCCUCUUACAAGUUCAUAGCAUUCAAUGCAGGACCCAGGAGUUGUAUAGGUAAGGAAUUGGCCUUUCUACAGAUGAAAAUUAUUGUUGCUUCUGUAAUAUGGAAUUAUUCUCUUCAAGUGGUUGAAAACUAUCCUGUUAGUCCAAAAGUUUCUAUAGUACUUUAUAUGAAAGAUGGUUUGAAGGUUAGAGUUCUUAAAAGAUUUGCUACUUGA